AUGAGUAUUCCCGAAAAGCCAUUGAUGACAAACACCUCCUCCCAACAUGCGGAGGCCGAUAAGCCAGUACAGCAUCAGAGUGAAGUCCCCUCUACCUCACCAAACAGCGCAGACAAAGCUGCCUCAGGUGACAGGUCCACUACCGGUUCUCUUCAGCACAAGGACAAGCCCCAAGUCUCUCAAGCCCCCGAAGCACAGCCGACUUCAGACGCACAGGCGACUCACGCCCCCUCAAAUGCUGCUUCACAGACCUUGAAGCUGUUUCCCGACAAUCUGCCACCGAGGGUUUCGAGCAAGGCAGCCUGGCGUAUCUCGAAUGGUCGCCCCGCACCGAACCGUCUCAUCGCGGAAUCCCUCCAGAGCCCAAUGUUUGGCUCCAUGCAAUCUGGAGCACUCGGUUCUAGAGGAGCGCAUGAUCGACCGAGGGUUCAGAAUCCUGGGCACCCGAUAACCGAAGGCAAAGAGUUGACUGCAGCGUCGACAAGCGGCAAUAGAAGUCUGACGAAUAGCCCGAUCUCUGAACGGUUCCCCCAACAUAGGAAUCCCCGCCGUCCUUCCUCACUGCCUUUGGGUGCUAUCAACUCUUUCCCAUUACCGGCCCCCAUGAGGCCCCUGCCUUCAUUACCGGAACCUGUCCCUGGCAUCAAUGCGAAGCGUGGUCAAGCCCCGCCUGUCAAUGGGAAACCGACUGAAGAAAAACAGACACCAACCCUUCAACCAUCACACAGUUCUCCGGAUGUCUCUUCAAACGCCAAACCGGAGAUUGACACCACGAAGUCGACUACGACAGUUCGGGCAGAGACCGCAACUGAUACGGAGCCCGGCCAACCGUCGCAAGAUGAAUCAUCGAAGAAAGAUGAUCCAACCGAGGCCGGAAUCACUCCGUUCGUGAGGAACGGACUGACGCGUGCAGAGCGUGUUCGCGCUCUAAAACUGAAGGAUCUGUCAGGAUCCAAGGGCGGAUCAGAUCUACCCCUCCGCUCUCCCCGAUACCAGACGAUCCCCGAACGAAUCGACGAGGUGUCGACGUCGAAAGAGCACGAUGGCGACGCCAAAGAUUCCGAAGAACAAAACGCAAACAAGGAUCUCAAUGAGAUCGCAUCUUCCGCGCUCUCCCCUCCGGCUCUGCAGCCGCGGCCUGCCAAUAAACAGGCCACAGGCAAACGCUCGUCUAGCUCACCGAUGCACUUCAAAGCGCCGUCGGAGGCCAGCAACCGCUCCUCGCUCUCCACGUCUAACCGCAGCUCCGGUCUCUCUCGAAGCAGCAGCGCGAGAAGCUCGAAUGUUUCCCGAGACCGGAAUGAUGGACAGGACAUCUACAGUCGAUCCGAAACUCCUCUUCCGUCGUCCGACGACGAAUGCAUGGGCCGGAACAAAUACGAGUAUCAGCAUCAACCCUCUCCGCCGAAGAAGCGGCGUCUCAAGCCGGCCCCCAUUGUCGUCGGCGAUGGCAGUGUAUCGAAACCGCGCUACGUGAAGAAGCAAUCUUCGCGUAACUUCCCGAUGCCGACAACGCCCCAGAGAAGAAGUCGUGGACACGAGCGGAUAUCCCCCCAGUCCCAGCAAUCCCAGAGCACUUUCUACUCGCAGGAGUCCCGGGGGAGCCUCCACUACCAAUCGGCAUAUGUUCACAACCUGGAGGGCCGCAUCGCUCAGCUGGAACGACAGAACAAGAUCUUGCAAGCUGCGCUUCUCGCAGCUCUUGACCUGGGUGACAAGCCGAACCUGGAGACGUUAUUGGGUGGCUCGGCCUCAUCACUAUCGCCACCGGACUUGGGCCGGUCCUUUUCGUCCGGGACACAUGCCUCCAGCUUUGACAAGCGUCCAACACGACAUGAAAGACAGAAACGCAGCAAGCCCCGCCCUCCCUAUCAACCAGAGACCUGGAUCGCGAGCCCCGGAUCCAGUCGACGGAGCAGCUACUCCGACGAGAGCGAAGAGCACGUCCGGGAGCUGGAGGAGAUGAUGGAGGACUUUAAUUUCAGCUGGAUGUCGGAUAAAUCCAGCAUCGAUCGAGUCCAGCGUCCGGGCAUUCGGGCUUGA